ACCUGGGUUCUCUGGGCGGGAAGUGGAGACUAGUGGUUGUAGCAGGGGUAGGGCUGGGAGCUUGGAUGCCUGGGUUCCUUAGGAGAGAGUGGAAUCUGGGAAUGCAAGACCAGGGGUGGCUAGGAGCCUGGACACCUGGGUUCUCUGGCUAGGGGAUGGGGGUGUACUGAGUGAGACCAGAGGAGCUGGGAUCUUGGAUGCCUGGGUUCUACAAGAGGGGAUGAGAUGGGGGCUGGGCGCCGGAAGCGCGGCGUGGAGGUGCGAGCAGGAAGCCGCCACCUGGAGCCUUCAGGGUGAAGGACGUGUCGGCCUGGAGCAGGGAGGGGGCCAGACUCCUGGGUUCCGCGGCCCCUGCGCGAGGAGCCUCCCUGAUUCCUGGGUCUGUUGCACAAUAGGUUUGCGGGGCAGGCACCUGAGUUCCCUGGGAGGGUCCGAAGACUAGGAGCUCGGAUGCCUAGGUCCUCCAAGGGGAGGGGGCCCGGGACGCCUGGGUUCUUGGGGGAUGACGGGGGCCCGCACGCCUCCUGGAGUCCCUGUUCUUGGACAGCCGAGGAACUUGAGGGGGGGGAGCUCAGACACCUGGGUUUUCUUGGGGGUGUGGUAUAGGGUCUCUGACGCCUGGGUCUUCUGCGGGGGUGGGGAAAACCAGUGUCCAGAAUGCGUGGGUCCUCUGGGGUGAGGAGGGGGCUGCAAGCCUGGCUGCCUGGGUUCUCCAAGAGGGGUGAGCAGGGACCCGGACGCCUGGGUUCCCUGCGGGGCCGGGACUCCUGACUUCCUAUCUGCUCAGCCUCUCUGCCGUCCCCCACCUCCCGCAGGCACCGGCUCUGUCCCGGCGUCAUGGGUUUGGGGGCGUCGUGACCCCGGCAUGGAGGUCAAAGGGCAACUCAUCACCUCGGCAGAGCCUCCCGGGCGAGACUCUGGCACCCGGCUGCGGGAGCUGCUGGAGCGGCAGCGCGGCCUGGAGGAGACGCUGGCCCUGCGGGUGCGGGAGCUGCGGCGCCUCUGCUGGCUGGAGGCCGAGCUGACAGGGCAUUUGCCCCCUGAGUACCCCUUGGAACCAGGUGAGAGGCCCCAGCCUGUGCGGAGGAGGGUGAUCCCCAACCCCUGGGGACCCCAAACUGAGGCUGGGCAGCGGGCACUUGGGCGACAGGUGCAGCUGCAGCGACAAGUGCUGGAGGCAGCGCGGCGCCUGGUGCUAGCCCCUGGACUCUCAGUGGAGCAGCGGCGUCGGCGGCAGCGGGUCCAGGCUGAGGCUGCCCAGCGCCUGCGGCAGCUCGAAGCACAGCUUGGGGCCUAUGAUGAGGCCUUUUACCCCAACAGCAGCCCCCUGGUAGAACUGGUCAAUCAGGAGAAUGGCACUCCCCCUGGGAUCUCUUGUGACCCCACCAGCCCAACUCGGCCCCUCCCCCGCAGUGCAUCCAGCUUCGAGGGCCGCAGUGUCCCAGCCACCCCCAUCCUGAGCCGUGGCAGCUACAGCCACAACCAGCACCUCAGGCCUGACCCCCCCCGGCUCUGGCAGGGCCCCCUAGACUCCCCCACCCCUGGUGCACGGCGCAGCAACAGCUCGGAGGCCUUGAUCGAGCGGGGCGGAGGGUUGGGGGACCCUUCGCCCCCUGCCCAGCGCCCAGGUGGCAGCAGCGGCAGCCCUCCACACCAGACCCGCCGGGCCGGGAGAGCCAAGUCGUGUGGUCCUCCUCAAAGCCAUCCACCUUGGGCGGGAGGCCCUCCAGCCCCUCCCCGGGGAGGCCAGAAAGCUCUGGCCUUGGAGGGCCUACGGGAGUGGUACCUGCGUCAUGCGGGGCCACCCCUGCCCCCCAACAGGAGGGGGGGACCUCCCACUCCCCGCUGGCCGGACCCCUCCCCGCUGCCCCAUUCGCUGAGCUACGCUGGGCCACCACCACAGGGCAGACCCUUCGCUGACUUUCUCUGCCCUGACAGCCCCCCUGGCCCAACGCCCCCCCGAGACCCAGAUACACAACCCCCUGGGACACUGGUGUGACCUCCCUUGCAAUGAGGAAGGCAGACUGCUGGCUGUGGGGGCAUUGAACAACUACAGGCUGAACGCCUUCAACUCCCUAAAAUUGGGGACCCCUAUAACUCCCCAAUACCAGGGGGCUAGAACUUGGGGGACCCCACCAAUCUGGUGCAUCACAGACCUAAAUCUGGGGACCCCCACAGCCAACAAAUAGUUUUAGGGAUCCCCAAAAUCUGUGGAGCUCCCCAACCCCCCAAAAUUCAGGAGACCUCCACAAUAUGGGGAAUAAACCAAAUCUGAGUCCAGCCCCCCAAAAGCUGAGAAGCCCCCCAAUAUGUGGGAAUCCUCCAGCCCCUCAAAACAUUGGGGACAUCCCAAAAGUCAGGAGAACCCCUGACAAUCUAGAGAUGCCUCUAGCCCCCUCAGAACUGGAAAGCCCCAGAAUCCAGGUUCUCCAUAAUCUGAGGACACCCCAUAUCUGUGUGGUUCCCCUAAAAAGCUGUGAAUCCCCCCAAAUCUUGGAGGUCUCCCCACACAUUGGGCCCUAAGCCCCAAAUCUGGGGGACAACUCAACCCAAGAGUCUGGGGAUACCCCCCAACCUCACAAAUCUCAGGGGACCCCUAAGAAACAUGGGAUAUCCCCCCCCCAACCUGGGAAACUCCCCCAGCCUCUCUAAAAUAACUUGGAACUGCCCAAGUCCCCAACAUCUCUGGAGGAUACCCAAAAUCUGGGCCUUCCCCAAAACUCAGGGGACCCCUUGCUAUAAUUUGGAGGAACUACUCCCCAAUGUGAGGAGCCACCCCUGCUGUACUUGCAUAUCCCCAAUGACCCCUGGGAAAAAAGCCUCUGGGGGACCUCUCCACCCUGCUAAAAACACCUCAGGAGAGCCCCAUAAUUUUAGAGGACAGGGUGGCUAUACUCCCAAAUCGGGAGUAUAGCCACCAACUGCUAUAUCUGGGGACCCCCCCAACUCUGGGGUGGAUUUUCAAAAUUUGGGGGGUCCCUAGGUAUAGCUGGAGCCCUCCAGGCCCACCAAAUCUCAGGGGAGCUCCACAGAAUCUGGACAACCCCAAUACUCUGGGGGCAUCCCGUAAAACUCAUGAUCCCCUAAAAAUGUUGGGCUCCAACCCCUCCAGAAACUUCUCCAUCUGCCCCAUACUGCCCAGAUUCAGGUGAAAUCCCCUUGACCCUACCCCACCCCCAUUCCUGGCUGGUGGGACUGGAAAUUGGUGGGGGGGUCCCCCAGGAGCCCAGCGGACUCUUGCUGUCUCUCUCCUCUGGCUGCACUUUUCCCACAUCGGGUGGCUGGUAAGAGGGCAGGGGAAUAUUUGUGGGGGGCAAGAAGAGGGGACAACUUAAAGGGCCCCCCCCCGAAACUUAAAUCCGGGUGUGCUGUGUACAGACAAGGCUUUGUAAGAAAUACACGGGUGACACCAACCAGGCGGCUCCUGGAUUUCUUGGGCGGGGGUGGGAAAUUAGGCCCAGGAUCAGCUUCCCCUCCCCUCCCCUCCCCUGUACCAAUAGUGCUCACCCACCUUUUAUCCUCCCCCACAAAAUUGGGCCCCGAAUCAGUGUCCUAGAACCCCUUUAUUUCCCUCCCUUUGGGUCUCCCCAGGAUCGGGCCCAGAACUACAGCCACCCAAUGAAGCUCACUCCCCUUUAUUCCCCUCCCAGGAUUGGGCCCAGAAUAGCCCCCUUUUGCCCUUCUCUUUAUCUUCCCCACCUUGGGUCAUCCCAGGAUCAGGGACCCCAGAGCAUACCCUUCCCUCCUUUACCCUCCCCCUCCCUGCCUCCCCCAGAAUUGGGGCCUCCAAAGUAGUGCCCCUUUGGUUCAUCCCCCGUUUCUUCUCAAGAUUGGACCUGGAAUCAGGGCCCCCAGAAAAUUUAUUUGAAUUGUCCCAGCCCGUGGUUCCUUCCAGGAUCAGGACCUGAUUCUGGGAGUGAUGCCCAGGAUUGGGCCUAGACUAGAACAGCCCCCUUUACCCCCAGCACAAACACAUAAUAUCCACAAUAAAUAACUAUCUAAAGAACUUUAAAAAAAAUCCUCCAGAACCCCCUCAAAACCACCCAAAAAGUCAGAGGGGAAAAAACCUUAAGACAGGAAGAACCCACAAUGAAUAAAUAGAUUACAACCCCCCACCCCCAAAUCUAAAGCAAGAUUAAAAACAAAUUCUCCAGACCCCUAAAAUAAUUUUAAAAUCAAACUGGGGAAAAAGAACUCCAAACAUACAACAUCCACAAUAAAUACAUUUAAAACCUAAACAAUGAAAACUGAUCCUGCCCCAACCCCCAAUCAACCUCCCUAAAAAAUAUCCCAAAGCAACCCAAAACCAGAGGAAAAAAACUCCUAAACCAGGCAAAACCCACAAUGAAUAAGGUACACACACACACUUAAGCCCCCCUAAAAAUCUUCAAAACCUUUCAGAACCACCGUAAGAACCACUCAAACCAACUCCCCCGCAAAAGAGGGGGAAGCUUCCCUCCCCCAGAACAGUGUAGACCCGCAAUAAAUAAUUAAAAAAACUAAACUGAAAUAUCCCCCCAAAAAUAAAAUCAAGCCAGCCCAAAAUCAGAGGGGCAAAAUCCUACCCAAAACAGAUAAAAUCCAUUCUAUUGAGAGACAGAAACAAAAUACAAAACUCCAAACCCCCAAAACUAAUCAAACCAACCCAAAACCAGAAGGGGACAAAAUUCACUCUGUGUAUAUGUAUAUUCUGUGUCUGUGAAGAAGCAGGGCUGGAAGGAACCACUAGAGGUUUACAUCUAGUCCAAGCCCCUGCUUGAGGCAGGAUCAGCCCUGUCCAAACCAUCCCAUACAAAUCCACUGUCAUAGGCAUCUAUGUACCCACACAUAUACUGUAGAUAGAUAUUUAAACAUAUAAUCAUAUAAUAACACAAAGUAAAAACCCCUUCAAAGCCAAUCAGCCCAACCUAGAACCAGAGGGAAAAAACCCAAGCCUACAAAAUCCCCCUAAAUAAAUAAUCUUAAAAAAACAACCAAAACCUCCAACCCCCUAGAGAGCAAUUAACCAACCCCAAGACCAAAGGGACACCCCCCUUCCCCAGAACAGCCAGACCCCACAAUAAAUAAAGAAGCUAAAAAAAUUAAGACAAACUGAAAAUCCCUCCAAGCCCCUUAUAAACCACUCAAACCAACCUACACCUAGAGGGAAGAAAGGCCCCCAAAACAAAGUCUGCUAUAUAUUUGUAGGAAGGUAGGUGGAUAGCUAAAUAGAUCAUCUAGAGCAGGUUCUCAACCGUUUUUCGACCAGGACCCAUUGGUAAAAGUUGGUGGCCAGUCCAGACCCAGUGCCCCUCACUCACCACCCCCAGUGUGUGGGGCAAGGAGUGGGCGGGGAGCCAGGCAGCCCCUCUCAGGCUGAAGCUCUGCCAGCCUGCAAGGGAAAAGCCACAGUUUCCCCCGUUUUUAUCCUUCAAGGAGAAUACAUUUUUAACAUUUCUUUCAGACUCUUUCAUAUAUUCUUGCAACCCAGUUUUGGGUCCUGACCCAUGGGUUGAAAAACGUUGAUCUAGAGCAAACUGACUCCCCUCCACACUCCUAGAGAGCACUCAAUCACCCCCCUCCCCCCGAGGGAAACUGCUCCCCCUACCCAGAUAACCACAAAGAAAUCCAUGAAUAAAA